AUGGAAAAUAUUGCUAUUAUUGCUAUCACAAUUUGUAUCAUUUCUGCGGCAUGCGCUCAAUUACCUGUGCCGUAUCUCGAAAGACCUCACGUGAUCAACACAAAUACAAGAUGCAUCGGUAUUCUCUUCUUUCUUCUUUCUUUUGAAAUACUUCAUAAAGUACAAGGGAUAGGAUUGGAAAUCUAUUAUGAGCAUGCACAAGGGCUGCAGCAUUUCGAACGAAUAUUGAUGGCCAAGAUACGAUUGCCCAAUGUUCAUCCGGGGACGAUGUUAGAGAUCGAUGUAAAGGAUGCUGUGAAGUUUACGCCAUCUACAACGGCAGGCAAAAAGCUGAUGCGGCUAGCUUCCCCAAUAAAGAUGGUAGCUGUAUUUGUUGCAUGA